CAUCAUUAAUGGGCGAGUCUGAGCUUAAGAAGCUCAGAUAUUUAGUGUGUUUUUUUUUCUUUAAAGUUUAUUAUUUUGUUUUUCCUUUUUGGAUUGACCCUCAGGAUGAGGUUUCGUUUGCUGGGUUGUUCCACUCUUUGGCCGUUUCUAGUCGUAACGCUGCUAUAUCUUUUUAAGGGGUCUCAACCGCUGAAUACAGCAGAGAACAAGUGUGAUGCUGUGCAGCUGGCUCCUUGUGGGGAGACUUGCGUUCCCUUUUGGUGGCUUUGUGAUGGAGUGCUGGAUUGUCCCGCUGGAGCUGAUGAGCAGUGUGACGGAACAUGUUACGAUGGUCACACAAAGAAAUGGCUGUGUAACGAUGGGAAGUGUAUUCCCAGUUCCUGGCAUUGUGAUGGUCAUAAGGACUGCAUGGAUGGAUCUGACGAAUGGGAAUGUGAAUGCACAGAAGGAAAAGCUGAGUGUUAUGAUCAUACUGGCUGUGUUGAGAUGCGGCAGAUCUGUGACGGACAUCAGGACUGUAAAGAUAAUUCCGAUGAAGUGAAUUGCCCUUAUGUUGGUUGCCUGGAACAGCAGUGGAAAUGCAGGAACAAAAUGUGCAUUAUGGAAGAGUGGAGAUGCAACGAGGUUGAUGACUGUGGAGAUGGUUCUGAUGAAGAGCACUGUGAUGAGUGCUUUGCAAAUGGAACUUGUGGCCUGCUAUGUGCAAACAUGAAUGACUCACUUUUUUGUAGUUGUGCAAAUGGUUCUAAUCUUGAGACGGACUACACAGCAUUAGAUAACUCUACGUUGCUGUUGGUGGCAGAAGCCGGUCAUCUGUUACUACUGGAUAUAGGAACUGGGAAGAAACAACCCCUUUUAUCUGUUUCUGGUUCACCAGCGGUUACGGAAUAUGACAUUAUGAGGAGCACUUACUUCUGGGUGGAUGAUGACAAAACACUGAACAUCUACUCGGAUGGUGAGGAAAGUGGAAAAAUCCUUUAUCCAGGAAUUGUGGGCAUUAAUAGUAUAGCAGUUGACUGGUUAACAGGGCAGCUGUACUGGGCCAUCGAGACUCAAAAGGCAAUAUAUGCUGGCUUGGCUGAUGGUAGGGGAUAUGUGAAGGUCUUGGAAAGGAAUGUCAAACCAGACCAGCUCAUUGUAUUUCCAACAAAAAGACUGAUGUUCUGGAUUAAUCAUGGAGACGAGGGUACUGCUCAGAUUGAAUCUGCUGGGAUGGAUGGAUCUGGUAGAAAGUUGAUAACGGUUGUGUCGAUGGAAGACCCAAUGGGCCUCACACUUGAUUAUCCCAAAGACCAACUUUACUGGAUCAGUAAAUACAAAGAGUCUAUCGAAACAGUAAAGGUGGACGGUUCUGGUAGACAUACUUACCCAUCAGCUCUGAAGGGUCAUAAUCCCACAGGAUUUGGAGUUUUUGAAGACUGGUUCUAUUGGUCUGAUGAGGAACACAUCAUGCGUGCUUUGCGCAGCUGUCCGGGACAGCAGGAGCUGAUUCUGAACUCUACAUUUUCUACACUGGUGAUUUUACAUGAACGCAAACAGCCUCAAGAAAAUGUUUCACCAUGUGCCAAAGAAGUGUGCAGCCACAUCUGUUUGCCGUCACCAUCCCAUUCAAGAGGCUUCAAGUGUGCUUGUCCUGAAGGAACGUUUCUUCUACCCUCUGGCAAAUGUGAACAUCUGAAGUUGCUUUAUGCAAGUCGAAACAAUAUCUCACUGUUAACAUUUGGAGCUAUGGGGACCACAGUAGAAAAAUCUCUUGUGCUGGAAACUGAAGAAAACAUCACUUCUGUUGAAAGUGACUGGAAAAGGAGUCUCAUUUACUGGACUGACCAGAGAGGACACCUUAAUCGUGCUUUUCAUGGAAAGUUUGUAGAAAAGAUUCAAACUCCGGCUCUAGUUUGCUCUGUUAAGGUAGAUAUUCCGACUGGAAAUAUUUAUUGGCUGUCCUGUGACAGAGAUGAAAUCGGCAUUACUAAGGAGAACGGACGGGGCUCAAAGAAGCUGCAGCAUUCAGAAAAACCGAUACAUUGUAUUGUUCUGGACUGGCAGAGGUCAUAUUUGUAUUGGGUUGAAAAUGAUGGGCAGGUUAAACGGAUGAGCCUAUCUGGUGAAGCUGUUUUUACAGUUGAGAAGGUGAUGCCCUUUCUUAAAAGUCAUGUGAUAUUAGAUGUGAAGUCGCAGAGUCUUUUGUGGAGCAGCAGCAGACCUGGUUUGCAGGUGUUGAGCCUUGUAAAGGAUAAAUAUUUUACAGUUGCUGGUCAUUGGAAUGACAAGGUAGUGUCUGCUUAUGAACCAUAUCUGCUCACCAUAAAUGAUACUGGACUUGUAUUAUGGGACAGAAGACAAAUGAAAGAGCUCACUACAGUAAUCCUUGAGCCAACAGGAGCAGAGAAUGUGGCUGUAUUUACAACUGAUCUGCAGAAAGGGGUGAAUUCGCAAUGCAAUGUUGCAAAUGGAGGGUGCUCUGAGGAUGAAAUCUGCAUACCGGAUCCUGAAGGUCAAGUCACUUGCCUUUGCCCAGAUGGGGCAUUUGACUGUUCUGUAGUUGUAGAGCCUUUCCAAGAAACUACUGUUGCCCAGCGAGUGUUCUGCCCUAGAACAUAUCUGUAUUGUAAGGAUGGAAAAAGCUGUAUUGACCCAGACUACUGGUGUGAUAGAGAAGUGGACUGUCCAGAUGGAUCUGACGAAGAAGACUGUUUCCAGUUUUGCAAUGAACCAGAUGUAUUCCAGUGUAAGGAUGGGAAGAAAUGUAUUAGAAGGGACUUUCACUGUGAUGGAAUACAGCACUGCAAAGAUGGCUCCGAUGAAGAAAACUGCUGGAAAGCUACAGAGAAAUGCUAUUUAAUGUGCGAUGACAACAUGCGGUGCAUUCCAGAGAGCUGGCACUGUGAUGGCCACCCAGAUUGUGUUGACCAAACAGAUGAGCAGCACUGUGGCCAUAAGAAAUGCAGCAGCUCUGAAUUCCAGUGCCUCAGUGGACAAUGCAUUUCUCUGUUUCUUCACUGUGAUGGUGACUCUGACUGCAGAGACCACUCUGAUGAAAAGAACUGUCCAAUCACAAAACCACUAAACUGUCCUCAGGAUGAAGUAAUGUGUCCUGUAAGCAAGGAGUGCCUGCUUCCAGAAUGGCUGUGUGAUGGCAGUAAAGACUGCAAAGAUGGCAGCGAUGAAAAGAAUUGUCAAAAUGCGAAAAUUGAGUGUGGUACCUUACAGUGGGCUUGUUCCAGCAAAACUCAAUGUAUUCCAGAAAUGUGGCACUGUGAUGGAGAAAAGGACUGUAGAGAUGGAAGCGAUGAAGUUGGAUGUGAAACAAAAGAAUGUCUGAGCUAUGAAUUUCAGUGUGGAACAUUACAGUGUAUCAAUAUCAGCAUGGUUUGCAACAAGAUGAUAAACUGUGAAGAUGGAUCUGAUGAAGAUGGAAAAUGUAGCCAGAAAUGUAACAAGCGAUGUUCACACUCUUGUCAUCAGACGCCUGUUGGACCUAGAUGCACAUGUCAGCAUGGCUAUAAACUAGAUUUGGAUGGCCAGUUCUGUAUUGACCUAGAUGAGUGUAAAGAGCUUGAAGUAAAACCCUGCAGUCAAAACUGUGUUAAUAAACUUGGGACCUACAGCUGUGGCUGCCAUCCUGGGUAUCAGUUGGAGCCUGACGGUCACAGAUGCAAGGCAAUGGGGGAGGAACCGCAACUGCUGGCAUCUGUUCAGUAUGAUAUUAUAAUGUAUGGCAUAAGGAUCUCCAGUGAGCAUGUCUUGGUCUCCACAGAUGGGCACAUGAUAUUUUCCCUAGAUUAUGACUGGAAAGAACAGAAGGUGUUUUGGAUGGAUCUCAGUUCAGAAAGUGUAAAAUGGACUGCAAUUAACAAAAAAGAAAAGGGAGUUUUGUUAAAAGGAAUCAAAUCAGACUGCAUAGCAGUAGAUUGGAUUGGCAGAAACCUGUACUGGACUGAUGGAGAGGCUAGUCAGAUUUUGGCAAUAGGACUAAAUUCCAAGUCGAGUACAGCUCCACAAUAUACUGUUGUGAUGGAUGAACAUUUGGACCAGCCUCGCUCUCUAGCUUUGCAUCCACUUGCCGGUUUGAUGUUCUGGUCUGAGAUUGGAGGAGAACCUCAAAUUGAACAAGCCAGUAUGGAUGGGACUGAAAGAAGAGUUCUCAUAAAAGAACAACUUGGAUGGCCAGUCAGUUUAGCUCUCGACCUAGUGAGUCAGAAAAUUUUCUGGGCUGAUGACAAAUUCCAUUGUCUUGGGGUGUCUGAUUUAGAUGGUGAUAAUAUACAGUUACUUCAGCUGGCUGAAACGCAAAGCCCAUUCUCCAUUGCUGUGUUUGAAGAUGAACUGUACUGGUCUGAGAUGAAGAAAAGAACUAUCCAAAGUGCAAACAAAAACACUGGGAAGAACAGAGAUGUUCUCAUAAAGCGUCGCGGGCAGCCAAGUGGAGUGAAGAUUAUGCAUGAAAUUCUCCAGCCAGUGACCAAUAAUCCAUGUGAGAACCUUAUGUGUUCUCAUAUGUGUUUGCUGAGAAUGGGAUUAAAGGGGAGUUGCCAUUGUCCUAUGGGACUGUUACUAUCUGAUGAUGGAUCUACCUGUGUAUCUCCCAAGGACACUGCCUUCCUUCUGCUUGCAUCUCCUGGAGCCAUUUUUCAGGUUUACCUUAAGUAUUUACAUCCCACUGAGGGACAGACGUCUUUGCCAGAACAUAAGGUCCUUCCAGUUACAAACGUGAACCAGCUUACUUCUGUGGAAUAUUUGCUGAAGGCCAAGUCUGUCUACUUUUCAGAUAGAAGCAGUGGUUACAUAGCACAGAUGCAACUCAAUGACAACUUUUGGAAGAAAGUGACUGUUGUGGCAGCAGAUGGUGCCUGCUCAAUAGCUUUGGACUGGUUAGCUAUGAAUCUCUAUUGGAUCAGUUGUCAGGAACCCUUCAUAAAGGUGUCAUCUCUUAAUGGCUACUAUAGAACUGUCCUAAUUGGUGAAAGACUGUAUCGUCCAUCUUCCGUUGCUGUUCAUCCACCCUCUGGGGUAAUGUGCUUUUCUGACAGGGGCACUGAUCAGAAACAUGGGCCAAAAAUUGAAUGUUCCUUCAUGGAUGGAAGCAGUAGAAGAAGUUUAUGGAGGAAAUCAAGCUCGCCUUCUUGCCUUGCAUUCACAGCAUCUGGAACACAGCUGUAUUGGGCUGAUACUGCACGUGGAGUUAUUGAAAGUAUUUUUUUGGAUGGUUCUAAGUUCAAGGUUAUUAAAAAGGGACUUGAUGGACUUGGAGUAUUCACUUUUGGCGAGAAUAUGCUUAUCUGGACAGUUGCUAUCAAUGGUACAACCCAAGUAUGGCACAGUCAGCCUAACCUACAAGAAAAAUUGUGGUUUGAAGUAAAGCAGAAGGUCGUGGAUCUAAAGGUUUACAGUAUGUUCAGUCAGCAAGGCAGUAACCUGUGUUCUGAAAAAAAUGGAGGAUGCAGCCACAUUUGCUUGCCUGUCCCUCAUGGGAAGACUUGCAUGUGUUCCACUGGUUAUCAGUUGGUCAGCGGUAAAGAUUGUGUGGAGUUCAAACACUGCCCAUACCUUACCCAGGCUUGCCCAGAUGGUCUGAAUUGUGUUCGCAAGGAUCAGAUUUGUGAUGGGCAUAUUGACUGCCAAGAUGGAUUUGAUGAACUAAACUGUGAUGGUGUCAAGAGGCAGCAAAUGCCAGAUUCGGUAACAUCUCAAACCGAAAGAAAGAAGCCUGGGCUGGGUUUAUCAGAAACUGACCGCAAGUAUGGUGCAGUUACACCACAAACAAAUGAGGAAAAAAUGGAUUCCAGAAAACCACUGCAUAGUCUGGAAGAGAGCCCUAUUUUAACAAAGCCUCCAAAACCCAAAGUUGGCCAUAGUUUUGUAACAAAACCAAAGGUGAAGGAAGACUUGCCCAAACCAGAAAUACACCCUGACAUCAAAGAUGCCAGCCCUGGAUUGGUAACCCCAUCAAAAACAAGGGAAAAGACUCCUGUCACUUCCACUAAAUGGCAUUUCCGUCCAGCUUCCAGACCACCACUUGUGUUGAUCACACGCAAAGGAAAACCAAAGCUAGUACACCCAGACAUGAUGCAUCCCUCACAUUCAUCAGAAUCUGCUACUCAGUUUAAAGAGGAUGGCAUGACUACAGUUACUGUGGAGACUGACUGGCCUGUAGUAGAGGAAGAUGUCGGCAGGAACUCUGAGAUGAGGCUUUGUGAAGUGUGCAACAUGAAUGGCUAUUGCACGAAGACCAAUGGGGAAGUAGUAUGUAACUGUAAAGUUGGUUUCUCUGGACAGUUUUGUGAGCACAGAGAGGCUACUGCAGUAGGCGUGCCAUUUGCUUUGGGAGUUAUUGUUGCGUUGCUGAUCCUUGGUGCUGGUAUGGCACUUGUACUCUUCAUCAGGAAAAGGCAAGAAGCACUACAGAGGACUUCAAGUACAGCAUCAUCUCGAAUGCUCACAUCCCGUGUACAGGAGCCAGCUGAGCAGACUGAAAAUCUUGAAAGUCCGAUAUUUGUAAAUACAGCCUACGGCACUGAAGAGGAACCAUCCCCACUGAGCGAGCCCUUCAGCGAAGAGGAUCAAAAAGUCUGAUUUAUGAUGCAGUUUUUUCAAUAAACAGUUCAAUAAAAC